UGUUCCAUUUUUUUCCUGCCGUGUUUAAACCUUUCCAUAAAUCUAGAUUUCCUGGCUAAUGUAUCAUUGGUCUCCCAGCGGCUCCCCAGUGAGAAGGACAUGGAUGGGGUUGCACUGGGUCUUAUACGUCUACAGGACAUAUACAGACAACUGCAAAUCAUUACAGUGGAUGUGUCAGGACAGGUAAAUGUGACACCCUUGGAUCCAGAUGACUCCUUCCACAUUGCCAUGGUGGCCCUGCAGAACCACAAGUUCCAGUAUGCCCUGCUCUGGCUCCAGGAGACCUUCAGGCAGCUGGAGGAUGGCAUCCCAGCCCUGGUGACCAGGAGAGAGGUUCUGACCUACCUGGGUCCCCUAGCCUUUCAGAUGGGUAACCUGCCUCUAGCAUUGGAGCUAACGCAACAGUUGCAGGAACUGGGUGCCAACAUGAACUUUUCCAUGAAUUCUGUACUCGUUGUCUACCUGUCUUGUGAGUGUAUGAAUAAAAGAUGCCGUGUCUGUGAUGGUCAGACCCCGAGGAGACAGAGGACAUUGCGGUGCAGGUACAGCACUGGUAGAGGCAACCCUCGACUCAUCUAUGCCCCUAUAAAAGAGGAGCAGGAAUGGGACCAUCCACUAAUAAUACGCUAUCAUGACCUUGUAUCUGAAAGGGAGAUUGAGACCAUAAAACACCUAUCCCGAUCAAAGCAAGUGUCUAUUUUUUUUGGACUCAAUUUUGUGUUGUGCAUUGUGACCAAGCUUGACAGAGCAAAGGUGUCAGACCAUGUGACAGGGGAAAGAUUUUCAGCUGAAACCCGUGUGGCUAAAAGUGCAUGGCUGGCUGACGAGGACAACCCUGUCAUCUCCCGUGUUACCCAGAGAAUGGCUGACCUGACUGGGCUGGACAUGGAGGCAGCAGAGAUGCUCCAGGUUGCAAAUUAUGGGAUUGGGGGCCAAUAUGAACCACACUUCGACAACAAGCUGACCAAUGACACAGACUACAUAACGAGGGGUGGCAGGAUCGCAACGAUCUUAAUCUAUAUGAGUGAUGUGGACGUGGGUGGAUCGACUGUGUUCCCUGAUAUAGGAGCUGCUCUACGACCGUACAAGGGUUCAGCGGUGCUGUGGUACAACCUUUUGCAGAAUGGAGAGGAGGACGCUAGGACCUUACACGCUGCAUGCCCUGUCUUUGUGGGCAAUAAAUGGGUUGCCAAUAAAUGGGUGCGGGCCCACGGACAGGAGUUCAGGAGAAGAUGCUCUUUGUCCCAGAUGGACUGAGACUGGAGCCAGGAUGGAUUCUCCCCUCAGUUUACCUACACAUUCCUGCACAUUUCCCCAUUGUUACUCUCCUUGGCCUCAGCUGGCAAUCUGGGGGAGGGACUCACUGAAUAACACAAAAGCACAUUUCAAGUGUUUGUGCAGUGAAGCAGGGCAAGAUGUCAACAAUACCAAGCUGACAUUUGAACUGUGUGGCAUUUUCUUUUUUACAGUGAUUGUCGAAAAUGAUAUUGUUAGCGGGUAGUCCAUAGAGUAGUUUACGUGAUUGAUUAGAUCCGCAUGAUCAAUUUACAAUACAUUGUAGAAGACAGAGUAAUAAAAUAUUUGGACCAAGAAUCACUGUUCCUCUAUACAUACUACAGAAUAUAUUUUGCUUGCUGUUUUGAUUUUAGCAUCCACUUAAUCUGCAGCACACACACACACACACACACACACACACAC